UAUUUUUUUGCCUAUUAAGAAGUUCUGAUUGAGAUGGGCUGUGUAGGAAUUUGUGGGUCCGAUGUUCAUUACUUAGUAAAUGGAAGAAUCGGCGAUUUCAUUGUAAAAGAGCCAAUGAUAAUUGGCCAUGAAUCUUCCGGUACAAUAGCAAAACUGGGAAAUAACGUGAACAAUCUGAAGGUUGGAGAUAGAGUAGCUAUCGAACCAGGUGUACCAUGCAGAACGUGUUCCUUUUGUAAAGAAGGACGGUACAACUUGUGCAAAGAUAUUGUAUUUUUAGCUACACCACCAGUUCACGGCAGUCUUAGAAAAUAUUACAAACAUGCUGCUGACUUUUGUUUCAAAUUGCCUGAGCACGUAAGUCUGGAAGAAGGUGCACUUCUAGAACCCCUAUCAGUCGGAGUUCACGCUUGUAAACGAGCCAACAUUGGAAUAGGAUCAAAAGUUUUGAUUUUAGGAGCAGGACCCAUAGGACUUGUUGUGUUACUAGUUGCCAAGGCCAUGGGUGCCAACAAAGUUGUUAUAACCGAUCUUGUUCAAGACAGAUUAAAUGUUGCCAAAAGUUUAGGAGCAGAUGAGAUAUAUUUGGUAAAGAGGGACGUAUCUGAAAAAGAUCAAAUUAAAUCUAUCCACGAGAUAUUUGGUGGUGAACCUGAUAAAACGAUUGAUGCUUCUGGGGCUCAAUCUUCUAUUCGUCUAGCGAUUUUGGCAACAAAGUCAGGUGGUACAGCAGUUUUGGUGGGUAUGGGUGCACCUGAAGUUCAAAUUCCACUUAUUGAUGCCCUUAUUCGUGAAGUUGAUAUUAGAGGCGUUUUUAGAUACGUUAAUGACUAUGCUGAUGCUUUAGCUCUCGUAGCUUCAGGAAAAGUGAAUGUGAAGCCGCUCAUCACUCACAACUUCAAAAUCGAAGAAACCGUGAAAGCUUUUGAUACUUCUAAGUCCCCUGAAAGUGGAGCAAUCAAGGUCAUGAUACAUCUGAAAUAAAUAAUUUUUCGAACGUGAUUCAACUAUUCAGGAGUAAUGUAAAUACUAUAUAUUACAUAAAUCUCUUAGUUGAAUUUGUAGACUAUGCUCAAAAUUUAUUUGAAAAUUAUACAGUUAGCUUUCUCAUAAGAUGAUCUAAGAGCUAUAUGAAUUCGGAUUAAGAGGAGGGUCCAGUUAUUAAAAAAUAAUAAAUAUUUUAUUGUAAAGAUUUAGAUAGGAAGUUCAAAAUAACAGUUGGAUAUAUGGGGGCAAUGUAUUCCGUUAAAUAUAUUGAU